UGGGGGUGUACCAUGACAUGUGUUAAUCUGAGGUGUACAUCACAAGUCUAUCCUGGUAUCCCACCUCAGUGUUGGUGACGGGCAGUACAGAUGUCCACGUGCUGUCUCCACCGCACUGUGUGUGCAUGACGUCCAGGGUCUGGACCCAGAGUGCAGAGGUCACGGGAAGUGUGAGGGGACAGAGUGUGUGUGUCACUCCCCGUGGACUGGUGGAGUGUGUGAGACUCUCAACUGUUCCAACACUGACUGCACUGGACACGGCAACUGCUCUGAUGGGGUGUGUGAGUGUGAUGAAGGCUGGAUUGGAGAACUUUGUGAAAAAGCAUGUCCUAGCAACCGGUAUGGGCAGGAUUGCAGGCAGUACUGCUGGUGCUUUAGUAACUCUCACUGUCACCCGACUACUGGCCACUGUGUGUGUCCUUCUGGCUUCUCUGGAUACACCUGCAUGGACGAGUGUGGUGAAGGUUACUAUGGAGCUGGAUGCAAAGACAAGUGUGUGUGUAUCCUGACUGUUCUGGUCAUGGCCACUGUCUACUAUACAUAAAUGGAUUUGUCUCUGUGAUGAGGGAUGGACAGGAAAUAGCUGCAAUACAUCCGAGGAAAGCAUGGCUCAAUGGAACUUUUAACUUUCUUCUCUUCUGCGUCCUCACCAUCUUCCUUCUCCCCUUCCCCAACCUCCACAGGUGUUUACUUUGACUCUCGCCACAACCAUCAACAUCAGGCUACAAGUGUUGCAGCCAGUAGUGAGUGUGACUGCAGCAAGUCAUGUAGGGAGGAAGGGGUCAAAUGCAGUGCAGUGAAUAUAAAUAGCACAUCGCAGUCACCUGUGGUAGUGGCAGAGGAUGCCACCAUUCUGCAGUGGACAGUGGCCAUAUCCCUGCUCAUUUCUCUACUCACUCUUCUAAUCCACGUUCUCUUCUGCUACAUCACUCGUCGCUGGACCUACAUGGCAGCAUGCAGAACUCAGGGAACCUUACUUCCACAUCAUACUGAGAGAGCCAACUUGCCAGGAAAUAAAAAUCUAAAGCGACGGAAGCCGCGACCAAAAUAUCAUGUACCACUUAUGUUGCACUAUAGCUCCAGCACUGACUGUAGCUUAUAGCAGUUCAUCAUCUUUUAUUUAUGUUCAUUGUGCAUUGUGUUGUAAAAUAUGGUGAUUUUAGACAAAUUUCAAGUGUCAAUUUAG